UCUCUGCCAACUUGGUUUGUUGAUCAUUAUCAUUCUUCAUUUCCUCGUUAUUCAUGGAUUUGAGGUCUCGAAAACCAUCUGAAAAGAAGAUGCUCAAGCUUAAACAAAAAGAAGAUAGUACCGCUCCAUCAAAACUCCAUCAACGGAGGUGGCGAAUGGCUUUCCGGGCGAUAUGUUUCACCAAGGUUCUUGCUUCUUUGUCCCGGAAGGUUCUUGAGAACAAGUCCUUGCUGCGCUCUGUUUCUUACCAUGCCAUUGAUGUCCCUAAUGAAAACCAGGGAAAUAACAAUGGCAGCAAGGCUUUUCCUGACGAUGUUAAGAAGAAGCUUUCCGAGAUGGUGAAAGACAAGAUUCUUCAUUCUCUUGAAGACUUCGGCGGAGUAAAACAGAUUGCUACUUUGCUGGAAAGCCAUCCGGAAACUGGUAUCAGCGGCAAGGAAGCUGAUCUUGCUGAAAGGAGGAAUGGCUUUGGAGAAAACAGGUACAAGAAACCACCUCUGAAAGGAUUUCUCAGCUUUGUUCUUGAAGCGUUUAAAGAUACAACUAUUAUUAUACUUCUGGUUUGUGCUGUACUCUCUCUGGUGUUCGGCAUUAAAGAAGAUGGCUGGAAAGAAGGGUGGUACGAUAGAGGUAGCAUUAUCAUUGCUGUGAUUUUGGUUGUCUCUGUCUCUACAGGGAGCAAUUUUAAACAGAGUAGACAGUUUGAGGCUCUCUCGGAUGAAAGUAACGAAAUUCAAGUGGAGGUGGUGAGGGACGGGAGGCGCCACCGUAUAUCGAUCUUCGAUAUAGUUGUUGGAGAUGUUGUGCCUUUGAAGAUUGGUAAUCAAAUUCCGGCUGAUGGGUUGUUCCUGGAAGGCCAAUCCUUGAAAGUGGAUGAGUCAAGCAUGACUGGAGAAAGUGACCAUGUUGAGGUCAAUGAAAAGAAUCCAUUCUUGCUCUCUGGUACUAAAGUCACUGAUGGAUUUGGUUUUAUGCUCGUUACUUCUGUGGGCAUGAGCACAGCCUGGGGUCAAUUGAUGAGCACUAUAAGGCAUGAAGUGAAUGAGACGACUCCAUUGCAAUCUCGUCUCAACGUGCUGACUUCUUACAUUGGGAGGAUCGGAUUGACGGUGGCAAUACUAGUACUCGCUGUCAUGCUAAUUCGUUAUUUUACUGGAAGUACCAGAGACGAGAAAGGAAACAAAGAGUUUCAGGGGAGCAAGACUAAGUUCGAUGAUGUGAUGAAGUCGGUGAUUCGUAUAAUUGCAGCCGCAGUCACAAUUUUAGUUGUGGCGAUUCCUGAAGGUUUGCCUCUGGCUGUUACUCUUACUCUGGCUUUUUCUAUGAAGCGAAUGAUGAAGGAUCAUGCAAUGGUUCGGAAGCUCUCAGCUUGUGAGACGAUGGGGUCAGCCACAAAAAUAUGUACAGAUAAAACUGGUACUCUUACUGUAAACCAGAUGAAAGUUACGGAAUUCUGGCUUGGAAAAGAGAAAGUAUAUGUUGCUUCCUCAGAAGGUGGUGCUUCCCCAGAAGACGUUGUUCCCUCGGAAGAAGUAAAAGGCAAUUUCCGUAAUUUGCUGCAAGAAGCAAUCGGUUUAAACACGACCGGUAGCGUAUAUAAACCGGCUGCUCCAGCUGCACCUGAGAUUAGUGGUAAUCCGACUGAGAAAGCAAUUCUUUCUUGGGCUGUCAAUGAUUGGGAAAUGGAUGUUAAUGAACCCAAGCAUAGUUGUCAAAAGAUCCAAAUAGAGUCCUUCAAUUCAGAGAAAAAGAGAAGUGGACUUUCGGUGAAGAGGUACAACGAAGAGGGUGAAGGUGUUCACAUGCACUGGAUGGGAGCUGCAGAGAUAAUAUUUGCCAUGUGCUCCCAUUAUUAUCUCAAAGAUGGGAAAGAGGAAGCCAUGGAUGACGAAAAAAGAAACCAAAUUUCGAAAAUUAUUGAGGGAAUGGCAGGCAAGAGCUUGAGAUGCAUUGCCAUGGCACACAAAAAAGUUGAAGAAACGGAGAAAAUUCAAUCGAAUCUUGAAGAAACCGGACUGAUCUUAUUGGGGAUUUUCGGCUUGAAGGAUCCGUGUCGCCCAGGUGUAAGCGAAGCUGUAAAAUCUUGUACAAGUGCAGGGGUGAAAAUCAAGAUGGUAACUGGAGACAACCUGCACACAGCAAGAGCUAUAGCUAUUGAAUGCGGAAUCCUCGAACCGGAUUUCGAUGAUGAAGCUAUAGUCGAAGGUGUGAAGUUCAGAAAUUACUCCCCUCAAGAAAGAGAUGAUAAGAUUGAAACCAUUCGAGUAAUGGCUAGAUCUUCCCCGUUUGACAAGCUUUUGAUGGUUCAAACAUUGAAGAAAAAGGGCCAAGUUGUAGCAGUAACUGGUGACGGCACAAACGAUGCCCCUGCUUUAAAGGAAGCAGACAUUGGACUAUCCAUGGGAAUUCAAGGGACAGAAAUAGCAAAGGAGAGCUCAGAUAUUAUAAUCAUGGAUGACAAUUUCACCACUGUGGUUACAGUUCUGAAGUGGGGAAGAUGCGUCUUCAACAACAUUCAAAAGUUCCUUCAAUUUCAGCUCACUGUGAAUGUUGCAGCUCUUGUCAUCAAUUUUGUCGCCGCUGUUUCCUCAGGUAAAGUUCCACUAUCUGCCGUUCAGUUGCUAUGGGUAAACCUGAUAAUGGAUUCCUUGGGAGCAUUAGCAUUGGCCACAGAGCCGCCCACAAAUGAUCUCAUGAAAAAAACCCCUGUCGGUCGAUCAAAGCCUCUUAUAACCAGAGUCAUGUGGAGGAACCUCAUUUCUCAAACCCUUUAUCAAGUAGCUGUCUUACUGAUUCUACAGUUCAGAGGAAAAGAAAUCUUUAAAACAAACGAGAGAGUCAACAAUACCAUGAUUUUCAAUACUUUUGUCCUCUGUCAGGUCUUCAAUGAGUUUAAUUCUCGGAACCUGGAGAAGAAGAACAUAUUUAGGGGAAUAUGGAGGAACAAAUUGUUCCUGGCAAUUAUUGCAAUUACCAUAGUUCUUCAAUUGAUCAUGGUUGAGCUACUGAAAAAUUUUGCUAAUACUGAGAGGCUGAAUUGGGGGCAAUGGGGUUUUUGCGUUGGGAUUGCAGCUUUGUCAUGGCCGAUUGCUUUUAUCUUCAAGUUGGUUCCAGUGAGAAGAGCUUCUAAUCCUGGAUCCAGAAGGGAGGAUUCAUUUCACCAUUAAUGAACAUCGUUUAAUAUGCAGUAUCAUCCAUAUCAACUAAUUCAUGAAACUGAUGUAUAUUAUUGUGAUGUGAUCUUUUUUCUUAGCAAUUUGUGUAGGUAUUUUAUGCGUGUAAUGUUAUUAUUUGUAAAUAUUAAU